AUGGAUGCCCGCUCGCCGCCAUGCGCCGCUGCUUGCCGCCACGCCUCGCGUCAUGCGAUCGCCGCGGGGAGCGCGCGCAACGAAAGCAAUGAUGACUACGGCCAGGGCCAGCAGGUGCACAUCAACACGGCCAUGAUCGUGCUCCUGGCCGCCGUCAUCACGGUGUUCGUCUUUAUCGCCUUCUUCACCGUCUACCUCCGCCACUGCACCGGCUACGCGGCUAGGUCGGACGACGAUGGCCGCGCCAUGCCCAAUUUCGACGCCUUCAUCUCGUGGUCGCGGAGGCAGCGGUGGCCGCGCUGGCUCGACGCCGAGGUGGUCGAGGAUUUCCCCACCAUGAAGUACGCCAAGGCCAAGGCGAUGCGGGUCGACAAGCGGCGGCGCACUCGAAAAGCGCGGGUUUGCCUCGGCGAGUUUGAGGACGAGGAGCGGCUCGAGCUCCCGCCCAAGUGCAGCACGCCUUCCACUGGAUCUGCAUCGGCGAGUGGCUCGCCACCACGCCACCUACCCCGUCUACCGCUGCAACCUCGACCCUAA